CUACCAAAACCGAGAUCUACCUACGUUAUCAAAAUUAAAAAGUUUAUCAAUUAGAAAAAUGAGUAAAAUUAUGCUAAUUCUUCUCGUGGCCAUGGUCAUGGCAAUUGCCCUCGUCAAAGCUAACCCAGUACCAGAAGCAGAACCACACUUUGGUCUAGGCUAUGGAGGCUAUGGAGGUGGCUAUGGAGGUUACGGAGGUUAUGGAGGUUAUGGAGGUUAUGGAGGCUACAGAAGUUAUGGAGGUUAUGGAGGAUAUGGCGGUUAUGGAGGAUUCGGUGGAUAUCGUGGAUACGGAUUGUACUAAGUGUUACCAUCAUCCACGUGACUGAGAUUUCGUUUGAUUGUAUUUAAUUUUUAUAUUUUAUUAAAAAAUACUAUUCAUUA